AUGUCUCGCCCUCCACAGAGAAGACCGGAAUACCAUAAAAUAAACAAAGAUCUCUUUGUCCUCACCUAUGGAGCUCUGGUUGCCCAACUGUGUAAGGAUUAUGAGAAAGAUGAAGAUGUGAACAAAUAUUUAGACAAAAUGGGUUACGGCAUUGGAACAAGGCUGAUAGAAGACUUCCUGGCUCGGUCCUGUGUGGGACGAUGCCACAGUUAUUCAGAAAUUGCUGACAUAAUUGCCCAGGUUGCUUUCAAGAUGUACUUGGGAAUUACACCAACUGUGACCUGUAACAGUUCAAGCAGAAAUGAAUUUUCCCUGAUUCUGGAUAAGAAUCCUCUGGCGGAGUUUGUGGAAGAGCUCCCUGCUGGGCGAUCUUCUCUGUGCUACUGCAAUUUACUCUGUGGGAUUAUCAGAGGUGCCCUGGAAAUGGUUCACUUGGCUGCUGAUGUCACAUUCUUGCAAGACAAACUGAAAGGUGACAGUGUGACAGAAAUAGGAAUAACAUUUCUAAAAAAGUUGGAUGAGAAAAAAUACAGACGGAAAAAAUGAAAGCAGCAUGUAAAAUGCCACAGGGCGACUGGCUCAGAAGUGAACAUUAGCUAAAUAUGUUUAACCAUAAAACUUUUUCAUUGCUUGAUAGCCUUGAAAAGCUUGUAAAUCAACCAGAAGUUUCAAAGGCAAAGCAUGAAGAUUUAAAUGUGUGUGUUUUCAUUUUGCUUGUAAAUUAUACCUAUUUAAUCACAUAUCUGCAAGAUAUCAUAUACAAAAUACUCAUUGCAAGAUAGCAAAUAUGAGUUCUACAUAUUACACAAUUAAUCCAAACAAUCUAUUCAUUCCUUUUGCUUAUGGUAAGAGAGACAAGGCAACAAUUAUGCUAACCGUUGGUGUAUUUAUCUCUUUAAGCUGGAUAAAGAAUU